AUGGCAGAACUCACUGUAGCAACACUUGGACAUAAUCAUCCACUUCAUCUGCAGCCUUCAGACAUGCUUCGUGUAGCAUUGAUCACAACAAAACUCACAGGACUUGAGAAUUAUGGUCUUUGGAGCAGAUCGAUGAGAUUAGCACUGUUGGUGAAAAAUAAUAUAGGCUUCAUAGAUGGAACUUGCUUGAAGAGUAUGUACAAGGAUGAAUUAGCAGUUCAAUGGGAAAGAUGCAAUGCAGUGGUUUUUUCAUGGAUUAGUAGCACAGUAGCAAACAAUAUGUUGACAACAAUAGUAUAUGCAUCUAAUGCAAAACGAGUUUGGAAAGAUUUCAAGGAGAGGUUCAAUAAGUCUAAUCUCACUAGGAUCUAUCAACUCUGGACAGAAGUGGCCACAUUAAAGCAAGGUACGGAUUCUGUAACAGAGUAUUAUUCUAAAUUGAGGGAUUUAUGGGAUGAGUUUGAUGUAUUGGUACCCUCACCAUCAUGUAAAUGUGAUGAUGCUAAGCCUUAUAUUGAGCAUCUACAUCAACAAAGAUUGAUGAUGUUCUUGAUGGGGUUCAAUGAGUCUUUCAGUCAUGUGAGAAGUGAUUUGUUGCUGAAAAGUGAAGUACCUAGCAUUAAUCAAGCUUAUGCAACUGUAAUUCAAGAGGAAAGUCAAAGAGUAUUAGGUGUAGUGGAUUCAAACAAAGAGCCACUUACUAUGAUGGCAGGAAGAGGACAAGGACAAGGAUUCAAAGGGAAGAAGGUGUUACCAGGCAAUAACAAUACUGGAUGUGAGAUUUGUGGUUUCAAAAAUCAUGUAACUGAAAAGUGUUACAAGCUGGUAGGCUAUCCUUUUGACUUCAAGAGCAAGAGGAAGCAAUCAGAUUCUAGUGGAUCAUAUCAGACCAAUACUAAAGGUUUUAGAUCACAUGGAUCUUACAACAGUAAUGCUUACAACACUGGUAAUUUCAAGCCAUAUGCUAACAAUGCUUCAGUAGAUAAACAGAAGGAGGAGUCUGAAUUCACAAAGAAAGAGUACAAUCAAAUGAAGAAUCUAUUACACAACAAAGAACCAAGUGACUGCAAGGCUAACUUGACAGGAACUUUACAGUGGCAAGGUGAUUGGGAUUGGUAAAGAGGUGGAUGGUUUAUACUUACUACAAGGUACUAUUAGAGCAAGGGUUAAUUCAGCUUCAACAUCAAUAAAGGAUGCAAGUUUGACUGACUUGUGGCACUUCAGACUUGGACAUCCACCUAUCAAGGUUAUGGAACAAAUACCUUCUCUUAAGAAGCACUUCAACAUCACCACAUACAGUUGCUGUCAGAUAUGUCCAGUGGCAAAACAAAGUAGAUUGAGUUUUCCUACAAGUAAUUCUAAGUCAACUCAUAUUUUUCAACUUCUUCAUAUUGAUCUUUGGGGACCCUACAAAGUUCUUACCCAUGAUAAUAAGCAAUACUUUGUGACAAUUGUUGAUGAUUUCAGUAGAUUUACUUGGCUUUGUCUAAUUCAGCACAAAUCAGAUGUGCACAUUAUAUUGAAAGAUUUUAUGUUGAUGGUUAAUACACA